AUGGCUAAGUGCGGAGGAUGUGGUAGAUUUUUAACUACAUCGGACGCCGUUAAAUGUAAUAACUGCCACAACACAUAUCAUCGAGCUUGUGUGGCUUUACCUGUGACUGGUAGUGUGGCCUCCUCCUGGCAGUGUCCGGAAUGUAAGAAAAAUGUGGUGCGAAAUAAUAAGCCUGACACACCUGUUAGAGGGCCCGCCCAUUUUGUAUCGCAUAGUGUUGCCCCAGUGGAAAGUGUCGCUAUGGAUACGAGCAUUUUGGAUGACUCUACCGCGGAGACAAAACAGGAUUUAAAUAGUGAAAUUAUAGCCGAAUUGAAAAUUAUUAAGGACGAAUUGCGUGCUGUUCGUGGCGAGGUUCAAGAGUUUCGCGCUGAACUGAUUGACGUACGAGCAUCUAUAAAGGCAUGUCAUGAACGAAUGGACAACAUAGAUAGUAGGAUUGAAGAGAUGGAGAAACGAUUAGCGGCUCUGCCGUCGGUUGCAGACUCCCCCAUGAGUGACAUUGUCGAAAAGCUUAGAUGCGACUUAAAUGAGAGGGACCAGGAAUUGCUCAUCAAUGACCUGGAAAUCACUAAUUUCCCUGAAGAAAAGGGUGAAAACCCGAUACACAUCGUUACCCAGGUUGCAACAAAGCUAGGUGUCAGCCUGGUGCAGCAUGACAUCGUGAGCGCGGAACGGGUGGGGAUGCGACGUGUUGCUGCAGCGGCCUCGGAGGGCGUUGUGUCAGCCCGCCCACGUCCGAUAGCAGUACGACUCGCCCGGCGAGACUUGCGUGAUGAUUUGCUUCGAGGUGCUCGUGUCAGGCGAGGUGCCGAUACAGCUGACCUAGGUGUAAGUGCUACUCCACGUCCAUUCUAUAUAAACGAGCGCCUUACCAAGUACAAUAGGGCACUAUUUCAAAAAGCGCGCGAAGCGGGUCGUCGUCUCGGGUGGAGAUUUGUGUGGACGAGGCGGGGUCGUAUAUACACCAGGAAGGACACCACUAGCUCCUUUCACCUAUUACGAAGCGAAUCAGAUCUCGUCACUGUUUUCGGAUCAAAAUAA